AUGCGGGAGCGAGAGGAAGCCGUACUGCUUCCUGUAGAAGAGGAAGAAGAUGACGAAGAGGCAGAACAAGAAGAGUCGUCGGAGUACGAGGCGGACUCUAAAGAAGAAACAACAUGUAUGAAAAUGGUGAAACCAGUGUUUGUGCCUAAAUCAGAGAGUUAUAUCAUAGUUGAAAGAGAGCGGCUUGCGGAGGAAGAAAGGGCUUUUGAGGAGAAGGUGAGGAAGAAAAUUGAAGAGAGGAAGGUGGAUACUAAGCAUAUGUUGGUUGAAGAGAUUAAGAAGGAAGAUCAAAUCCAGAAGAAUUUGGAGAUGGAGGCGGAGAUUGUUGAUGUGGAUACCGAUGAUGAGAUGAAUAAAGCAGAAGAGUAUGAAACAUGGAAAGUGAGGGAAAUUGGGAGGAUCAAGAGGGAUAGGGAAGAUAGAGAGGAGAUGUUGAAGGAGAAGGAAGAGUUUGAGAGAGGGAGGAAUAUGACUGAGGAGGAAAGAAGGGAAUGGGAGAGGAAGAACCCUAAACCUGCUCCACCACCUAAGCAGAAAUGGACGUUAAUGCAUAAUAUUAUCACAAAGGUGCCUUCUUUCAAGAUGAAUCUGCUGCGAGUGGUGGGUCAGAUAAGAAUAUCUUUAGUCGGGAUUUCUCUGCACCAACUGGUGAAGAUAGGAUGGAUAAUACUAUUUUGCCUAAAGUUAUGCAGGUUAGAUUCUGGAUUGUGGUUGAAUCGGGAAAUAAUCAAUAUUCAUUUCUGGUACUUGAGUAGAUGGACAUACAAUGAUCCACUCCAUGCGAAAUACAAUGCCAAGAUGGCUGGAAUGAAUGCUCCAAUAGCUAAACCCAAAGGGAGUAGGAAACUGAAAGACUGGGAGACGAAAUAG